GCGCGGGCAGAGCAGCACGGCACAGGGCGGUGGGAGCAGCGCGGGGCAGAGGGUGCCCACGGCCUCCCCGUGCCUGGGAUUUUCGCUGGGUUUCUGCGGGCAGAAGACCCCCCCAGGAGCUGGAGGAACAUGGACCCAGCCUCUGAGCGGCUGAAUGGCGAAGAACCCAGCACGAGACGCAAAGCCUCGGAGGCACAGCACUCCUGGAAGCGGAUCGGCAUCCUCGUCCUGGUGGCCGUGCUCGUCCUCGCCUGCCUGGCUGCGGUUGGGCUCCUGGUCAAGGUUUACCUGGACCACCACUACUUCAUCUGCAAGCAGCCCCUGAAGCUGGUGCCACUGAGGCAGGUUUGCAAUGGGGAGGUGGAUUGCCUGCAUGGUGAGGACGAGGCCAGCUGUCCCCAGCAGGUCCCCCAAGGGCCACAGCCUGCCGCCCGUCUUUCCAGGGACAGAUCGAUCCUGCAGGUGCUGAACAGGAACACCGGAGCCUGGUCCUGCAUCUGUUCUGACCUCUUCAGCCCGGAGCUGGCGAAAGCAGCCUGCGAGGAAAUGGGCUACAGCAGCACCCCAACCUUCCAUGCAGUGGAUGCGGGUGUGGGGCAGCCCCUGCCUCCCCGUGAACUGGUGCUGAGCGACGGCCGCCUGCAGCUGCCCGAGCCAGGCAGGAAGUGCCUCUCUGGAUCGGUUGUUUCACUCCUUUGUUCCAGCUGCGGGGAGAGCGUGCGGACGCCGCGCGUGCUGGGCGGGCGGCCGGCAGCCAUCGAGGCGUGGCCAUGGCAGGUCAGCCUGCGCUACCACGGGGAGCACAUCUGCGGCGGCAGCAUCAUCGAUCCGCGCUGGAUCCUCACCGCCGCGCACUGCUUCAAGAACAACCCCAUCAUCCCCAGCUGGCGCGUGAAGGCCGGCUCCGAUGUCCUCUCUGGCCCCGCCACCCUCACCGUGGAGAAGGUCUUCCUGCCCGAGGUGACGCCCGCGUCUCCCAAGGACAAUGACAUUGCGCUGGUGAAGCUGCAGAUCCCUCUGCAGAUCUCAGACAGCACCAAGCCCAUCUGCCUGCCCUACUUCGACGAGGAGCUGGAGCCAGGCACCCCGCUGUGGGUGUUAGGCUGGGGCUACACGCAGCAGAACGGUGAGCGGGACAUUGCGGGCUCCCCGCCCUCCGGGGGCCGCGGGGGAACACCUCCGAGCAGCCGCAUUUUGCUGCGCACAGGCAAGCUGUCAGAGACCCUGCAGCAGGCGGAGGUGAGGCUGAUCGACACGCAGAGCUGCAACCUGGUGGCGUACCACGGGGAGGUGACGCAGAAGAUGCUGUGUGCCGGGCUGCCCGAGGGCGGGGUGGACACCUGCCAGGGGGACAGCGGCGGGCCCCUGCUGUAUGCGAACAGGCACUGGCAGCUGGUGGGCAUCGUCAGCUGGGGCCAGGGCUGCGGCACCCCCAGCACGCCCGGCGUCUACACCAGCGUCCGAGCAUACCUUGACUGGAUCUACACAGUCCGCAGGUCGGAGCUCUGAGACCCGCCAGGACACCGGUGCCGUGCCGGGGGCCAGACGAGGAGGCAACGGGCAGCUCGGGCAGCGGACAGUGCCUCAGAAUGCACCCAGCUCAAGCUCCCUUCCGGGGAGAGAUUAAUUUAUUGCCCUGUGCUGAUCCUGCUGUGUCAGGGUCUACACUGCUCUUUGCUCAUUACUGUUUUACAGAGAUAAAUGAUGUUUCUGCUUUAGUGUAUCACCAUUAAAAUAAAGUAUUUGUUGUUUUUUUCUUUUUCCA